AUGGCCUCGGCUUCCACACAGUGUCUCCCCACUGAGAUCAUCUGCUCCAUCUGCAAGGACACGUUCACAGACCCUGCCACCAUUAGGUGCGGGCACCGAUUCUGUACGCCCUGCCUCUGUCUCUUGUGGGAAGAUGCCCCGACAGUUACUUGCUGUCCUGUGUGCAAGGUGGUGUCUCCAAAAAUGGACCUCAAAAGCACUAUUCUUGCUAAGAAACAUAUUCGUUCUACUGGAAACUCAGUUAUCUGCCAGUUACCUGGCUCUGCCAAGCAGACGUGUAGGACACACCAAGUGAUAAAGCUCUACUUCUGUGAAGCUGACAAGAGCCUGCUGUGUUUGUUCUGUGCUAGCUCCACAGGGCAUGCCACUCACAAACACUAUUCAAUAAUGCAGGUUGCAGAGCACUACAGGGAGCACCUUCUGAUGCAAAUGAAGUCUAUUUGGAAAAAGAAACAGGAAAAUCAACGAAAUAUAAAAAAAGUGACCAACACAUUCAGAGCAUGGGAGGGUUUUAUAAAUCUACGACUGGUGAUGAUACGAGCUGAAUACCCUAAAGUGUGUCAGUAUCUCCAGGAAGAAAAGCAAAAACAUUUAGAGAUGUUGGCGAUUGAAGGCGCAGUUAUUUUCCAGCGACUCAAUAGAAAUGUAGCCAGAAUGAUUCAUAUGGGGAAACUCCUGAGAAAAAUAUAUGAGGAACUGAAGGAAAUGUGCCUUAAAGCAGAUGUGGACAUGCUCCAGGGUGUGGAAGACACAAUGAAAAGGAGUCAGUUAAUGCAGCUGUACAUUCCCCAGCCUUUGGACCCACAGCUCAGUACAUGGACCAUCACUGGGAUGCUGGAAAGGCUUAACAGCUUCCGAGUGUAUAUUACGUUGGAUGGAAAAAUAAGAAACUGUUGCGUUCCUCUGAUUGAAGCCCUGAGACGUCUGCAAUGCGGUCCUGUCCAUCGAGAUGUGCCUUGGGACCCAGCACGUCCAGAGAACACUCCUACAUGGGGUGCUCAGACCUUCACCGCUGGCAAACACUACUGGGAGGUGAAUGUGGGAAACUCCUGUGACUGGGUUAUAGGGCUCUGCAAGGAGUCCUGGACAAGCAGGAAUGAUAUGCUGCUUAACUCUGAGGACAUUUUUCUACUUCUAUGUGUCAGUAAGGAUGGCCAUUUCAGUCUCUUUUCUACCUUCCCAUUCUUACCCCACUAUAUUCAAAGACCCCAGGGCUACAUAGGAGUAUUUCUAGAUUAUGAAUGUGGUAUGAUAAGCUUUAUUAAUGUUGCCAGAGGUUCCCUCAUUUGUAAUUUCCUCUCACGAUCUUUCUCUUUCCCUCUCAGACCUUUCAUUUGGUGUGGACCCAAAUGA